GCCACGGGGCAGUGAGCCAACCAGCCAAGGGGGCUAGAGGGGAAACGGAGGGUUCAGAGCACAGGGUUCUUCCCUGCUAUUGUCUCUCCAGGGCUGACAAACAAAGACCCCAAAAAUACAGUAUGUUAAGACAGAGGGCGCUCACACACUUACAUGCACGUACAAUACACGUGUACACACACACUCUCGCACACACACACACACACACGUACACACAUAGAAAAAUGAAUGCAGGAGAGACUGAGAGAAAUCCGGUGUCGGUGUGCCAGUAGUCCUAUUUAUACAAUCACCAUUCACGGUCUUGUGUGAUGAUUCAUCCAUGUCUUUGUGGUGGAAAAAAAAAUACAACUGCCCUUACCCCUGCCCUCUGUCUCAAACUCACCCCCCACCACCAUCUCUCUCUCUUUCUUUUUCUCACACACACACACACACACUCUUCAGGGGGUCUGUUAUGAAAUUCAAAUCAAAGCCAGAAGGCCAGUCGUAAGAAGAUGACAUGGUAAAAACAAGAGACAAGACAUUUCCAUAUCAUUCACUGUGCUAGACCCACUAUAAAAGGCUUUAUCUUUACCAAAGACAUUCUAGUAGGCUGUAAUGUGUAAAGUACUCAAUGCAAACUUUAGCAUUUUUCUCUCUCUCUCUCUCUCUCUCUCUCUCUCUCUCUCUCUCUCUCUCUCUCUCUCUCUCUCUCUCUCUCUCUCUCUCUCUCUCUCUCUCUCUCUCUCUCUCCCUCUCUCUCUCCCUCUCUCUCUCUCUCAACAGUGACCUGAUAUCUUCAAACAAGUUAAGAUAUACUAUCCUUCACCUAAUACCAUGCUAACCAGACCCGCUCCAAUACGUUUGACCGGAGACGUUCCACGGUGGACACAAUUCCAUUCAAACCCUUUUGCCAUCUGGUCUGGCAAACAUUAGUCUCAAAUGAGGUGUAUGUACGCGCUGCUAUGCUAUGCAAGGCUGCUGCUCCAUCCUGCUCUGGAAUUUGGUCAAGAUGAAAGCCACUGAGCUGAUGAAAAAAAAACCUCCAUUCCACCAACUCUACUCUGCAGGCAAGUGGGAUCACUUGACAGCAUCUGUGGUCGAGAUAGGGAAAUGUCUUAUUGGCAACACACACACUCAAACAGAAAGUGACAUAUGUACAAUAUACUAUGCAAGCACCAGGUCACAAUAAUGGGUCCAAGGACCCAUAGUCACAAUAGGCUACAAGGCGGGAACCCCAUGACUUCUCAGUAAUGUAACAAUGAUUAUCACAAUAGCAAGCCACUGUCUUUACUCCCCGUAAGGAAUUCAUAAACCAUGCUAUGAAUGUAAUCAUGACUAGGCAAAUGACAUGGCUGGAAUAGGAACACUUGAAAGACAAUCCUAUCCAAACCAUGUGUGAUGACAAUGGCCAGCUGCUGAUAUACUAAAGGCGUUUCAAAACCCAUGCAAUGAAAUGUUACACGCGCGUGCCCUGUGCGUGCCCCACAUGCCUACUUGGUCACACCCACCCGUUUGCCAGCGGCCGAGAAAACAAAAAAAUCUGUUUGACACCAAACUUCACUUCACUAUGUAGGCUACUGGUUGUCUCAUGUAACCUACCAACAAACAUCAGACGUGUGCCAUGUUCAGAGGCAACACCCUCUAAUUCUUUAAGUCACCAUGUUUACACGAGGCAUGUAGGCCUGUGCGUAAUGACAAACUGGCACGGGCGUUCACUGACUGAUUGGUUGCACAUAUGGGGAUUGUGUAGAACUAGGCCUAGGUUAUCUUAAAACGCAAGCCACAUUCAUCCCCAUCACAUCCAUUUGUCGAUCAACGAGGUGGAGUGGUGGAACUCACUCCAUUGCGCUCAUCGUGUCUGAGGAUGGGACGGUGCUUGCGAAGACAGAGGGACCCAGCACCAACCACUGGCUGGUUGGAGUGGAUAAGGCCAUUGAAACCAUCAACGACAUGAUUCAGAGGGCCAAAGUUGCCGCAAGUCUAGAUCCAGAUGCACCCCUGCAGGCAUUGGGCAUGUCUUUGAGUGGCGGGGAGCAGAAAGACGCCAUUCAGAAGCUGAUUGAUGAGAUGCAGAGGAGGUUCCCGAAGCUCAGCAAAAGCUACUACAUCACCACAGACGCUAUUGGGGCCAUCGCAACCGCCAGUGACCGAGGUGGUGUGGUGGUGAUCUCUGGAACAGGCUCCAACUGUAAGCUGGUGAACCCUGAUGGCUCUGAGGUGGGCUGUGGAGGCUGGGGACACCUGAUGGGGGACGAGGGCUCAGCUUUCUGGAUUGCCCAUUUGGCCGUGAAGACGGUGUUUGACGCCCAAGACAACUUGGUCACUCCACCUCAUGACAUUGCAUAUGUUAAGAGGGUCAUGGAGGAGUAUUUCCAGGUGUCGGACUUGAUGGGCAUGCUUCCACAUCUCUACAGAAACUUCCAGAAGUCCCACUUUGCCGGCUUCUGCAAGAAAGUAGCAGAAGGUGCUAAGUCGGGAGAUGCCCUCUGCCAAUACAUAUUCACACAAGCUGGCAGAGUCCUGGCACAGCACAUCGUGGCUGUCCUUCCACACGCCCAGGAGGCCCUAUUCUCUGGGGAGAUGGGACUGCCCAUACUGUGUGAGGGGGCUGUGUGGGGCAGCUGGGAACUCAUGAAGGAUGGUUUCACUGAGGUCCUGGCACUGGCUCAAGGCUGCGGUGGGGGUCGUUUCCGUAGUUACGGCCUCAUGACCCUGCGCCAGUCCUCUGCCCUGGGCGGCGCCAAGCUGGGCGCCCGGAACAGCGGAGCCACGCUCGGACUGGACUAUGCUGCCAACGUCAACGUCUUCUACAAGCACUCCUUUAACUAACUAGUCACAACCAGGGAAAGCAUCUUUAAUUUUGUUAAAUGUUCUUGAAAGUGCUUGUGCACAAGCCUUCAGUCAUACAGGUGCAGUUGUGUGGCAGGUAAAUGUCAAGAAUGAAGGUUUACUGUGCAGCGUUUUCUGAACUUUCAUCUUAAAUUGUUAGUAGAGUUAUUGACUGAAUCCCAUUGGGAUGUUUGGUGGGGGUAAGGGGUGGAUUCUGAAUAGGUGGCUUGGUUACUGACUAAUAACACUUAAUUCAAUGAACACAGAUGCCUGCAAAGAAUAUUCUGAUUUUAAAUGGAAUGCUGGUAGUAUUUGAUCUUACUCAUUCCAAAUGUGGACGUGCUUCAGAGAUACAGUAUGCCAGUUGCAGAGCACUUAUCCAUGCAUGUAAACAGAAUAUUCUUAUAACUUGUUUUUAACCAAAUACUGACAAUAGUCUGUUUCUAACCGGAAUACUCUGUGUGUGUAUCUGUGCUCAUUGUCUUCAGUUCAAGCACUCCUUUGCCAAAGUACUUAUGAUGAAGGAACACCAUUUCAGGCUAAUUUUAUCAAUUGGAUUAUUUACUCCUAGUUAUGGGCAAAUUAUUGUAUUAUUUAUAAGGGCUAUAUUCUAAAUCAUUCUAAAUACAAAAUGGUUUGGUGACUGGCAUAACUCAGUGAGUGGUACACUGUUUUGUGUAAAUUUACCACUUUCGUUAACUUGGGUCACUAAAUGAGCUUUCUGGAACACAUACAUCUUAGUAGGACAGGAUUGAGUGUGUUGCAGACAAUAUCUUUGAGUUUCAUUGAACUUAAUUGGGUUUAUAUGCUGACCUGCCCCAUGAAGAAUGUAAUUUAAGGCCUGAAUCUUUCGCAAAUAUGCUGCUUAUCAUGCUAUAAUAUGGGAUUGAUGAAAAAGUGUGAUGUGAUUUGCAACAAAUCUUCCUCAACUUGUUUUUAUAUUGAUUAAGCAUUUUUCUACAUAUUUUUAUACGUCUGUAUGUGAAUGAAAUCUAAAUAAAUGAAAUGUGUCAUGGA